ACCCUUCCCCUUCUAGUUCUACUGUUCUAGGCUUUCAACUCACUAGUCACUAUUCACUAUUCACUAGUCGGCGGUCACUACUCAGUCAUAGUACCCCCAAGCCAAAGAGAAAGAGGAACAUCAACAAACGGAAUUGCAACAUCAAUCAUGGCCGCCUACUCCGCCUGCAACAAUUCUCUACUCUUCAAACUCGAGAAACCCUCUUCUCCUUCCUUGUCAUUCAAUCUCAYCAAAACCACAAUCUCCCCCUUCAGAUUGUUCUCUUCGUCAACACUUUCACACCUCUCCUCGACAAGAAAUUCCCGUUUCACCAAAUCGCCCCUCACCCUCAAAACUCUAAACCCUAAACCAACAAAAUCACCACCAACUACACCAGCAACCACCACCUCCGAUCUCUCUCCCACAGUCGACCUCAUUCGUCCCAAAACCCUAAAAGCCCGUCUUGCGGAAGGGGAAACCCUAUAUGGUAUGUUCCUCCUUAGUUUCUCUCCUACGAUCGCCGAGAUUGCCGGGCUUGCUGGCUACGACUUCGUCGUCGUCGAUAUGGAGCAUGGCCACGGUAGCAUCUCCGACGCUCUCCCUUGCCUCCAUGCUCUGACGGCGGCUGGCACUCAUGCGAUACUGCGUCUGCCAGAGUCGUGCCCAAUGUGGGCGAAGAAGGCCUUGGAUCUGGGGCCACAGGGGGUCUUGUUCCCGAUGAUCGACGGCCCGAAAUCGGCUAAGAAGGCGGUGUCCUAUUGUCGAUUCCCGCCGGCGGGAGUGCGGGGAUCGGCACAUACGGUCGUAAGAGCAUCGAGUUACGGCAUGGACUUAGGGUACCUGGACAACUACGGGGAGGAGUUGUUGAUCAUGUGCCAGGUGGAAACGGAAGAAGGGGUGAAGAAGAUAGAAGAGAUCGCGGCCGUCGAUGGGGUGGACUGCAUACAGAUGGGCCCGAUGGAUCUGAGCGCGAGCUUGGGGUAUCUGUGGGACCCUGGAAACAAGAAAGUGAGGGAGUUGAUGCGAGUGGCGGAGAAGAGUGUGUUAAACUUGAGAAACAAAGGUGGGACUGGGAGGGCGUAUUUGGCGGGUUUUGCGAUGGCACACGAUGGCCCCGAUGAGCUUAGGAAGCGUGGGUACCACAUGAUUUCUGGUGCCGUAGACAUAGGAUUGUUUAGGACUGCCGCCGUGGAAGAUGUUAGGAGGUUUAAGAUGAAGGGCUCAGAUGAUGAGGACGAAAAUGGCAAGGACAAGGAUGACAAGUACUGGAGCGAGUAGUGAUAUACUGAUAUUGGUUCUCUUUUUUGUCAUUUUUUCUUUUUCUUUUCGCUACUCUGUCUUUUCUUUUUCCCCGCGGAAUCGGGCUCACCUUAUGUGUGCCUGAGUUUCAAAUUGGAAUCUGAUCACCUCUGGCUGUGGGAUCUCUGCCGAUGAGAGUGAUGAUGUUAUCAUCAUCAAUAAUCUACUUAGUUGUUACUCUGUUCUAGUCUUAAUAUAGAAGUGAAGUUACAUUA